AUGGGCGCUAAUGGUGAACCUAUGACUAUUCAACCGAAUAGAGGUAUUUCGAAUAAUGGAAAAAAAUGUCCAGUCCAUGGUAUAGAUGUUUGCUGUAACAAUCAGCAACCAUCUGCAUGUUUGACAAAAUCAGAAUGUAAGGAUGAAGAAGAAGAAGAGGAAGAUGUUGAAGGUGGAAAGGACUUCGAGCCAAGUGAUAAAAGUAGUAGUUCAUCCAGUAUCACACAAAAUGAUGAUAACAAACAUGUCCACUAUAAUAAUAUCAUACGUACUAAAAGUAGGCCCCUCUCUACAAAUAAUGCCAACGAAUUAAUUGGUGGAGUUAACCUUGAAACUAAACAGCCUGUGAGAAGAUCUACAAGUGUCAGUAUAACGAAUGAUCCUCAUAUUAGUGAUUCAGAUGUUGAGUUCAACAAACCCAGAUUUAUCACAAUUGAAGAUCUCAACGAUCUUGACACCAAAGAGAUGAAAAGUUAUAAAAGAUUUAACAAAGAUCACAAAAUUUUCUCAUUUUCUUUGCCCUUCGGACAAAAUAAUAAGAUUCGGAACAGUAAAAUCUCGAUGUUCAAUCUAAUAACUCCUAUAACGGAGACCAAUAAAAACAUCACAGAGGUUGACAACAAUAAGAGUUCUGAUAGUCAGGUGAACAUGAGUAAUUCUGCUGAUAAUACCCAGAAUGAAGGAUCUUUGGCGUACCAACCAUCUCCUACGAAUAACGACGUAGUUGACGCGACAACUACACUCAUUAGAAGUAAAACAGUAGCAGUUUUAAAUGAAGAGACUCCAGCAAUCAAAAGUGAAAUAAAACAAAAACUGGAAAGAACGAACUCUAUCUCAUCCCUAGAAGAACUAGAGUUAUACAAAGACCAAACAGGGAUUGAAAACGUGAGAAAUAAAGCUAUCAAAGAAAGUCUGGGUAUUGAUGCUGUGAGGAAUCAGAUCAAACAAAUAACCAUCAGUGAUACAACAAAGACCGCUGACGGAUACACUUAUGGAAGACUGCAAUCUAUUUGGAAUGAGGUAGAUGGAGAUUUUAUUAUAAUGGGUGGAUAUAGAGGGUCUAUCCUAAGAGAUGCAAAAACACAUAGACGUCUUUGGGUCCCAAUUAAAGCAGGACUGAAUCUCACAAAGAUUGAUCUGUAUAUCGGUCCCACAGAACAAGACGAAAUAGAAGCACAGAAAAGAAUAAUACCAGACGGUAUGCUUACUCACAUUGGUCCCGUUGACAUAUCGAGAAAAUUAAUUAAAAAACUAGAAGCGAACCCUAAAGUUCACAUCGAAACAUUUGGCUAUGAUUGGAGAUUAUCUCUUGAAAUACCCUGUGAACAGUUGGUUAAGAGACUUAAACAAAUACAGGACAAACAAAAGAAAGAUCCAAAAUAUAAAGGUAAACCGAAGGGUUCUUACUUACUUGCGCACUCUAUGGGUGGACUAAUUGCUCACAAGGUUCUUCAAGACCAUCCUGAACUUGUAAGAGGUAUCGUUUACAUUGGCGCUCCUAAUCAAUGCCCAAACAUCCUAGGACCAAUACGGUUUGGUGAUUCUGUGAUGUGGAAUAAAUCUAUCUUAAGUAGCGAAUCAAAUUUCUUCAUGAGGAGUAGCCAUUAUUUCCUACCUUUGGAUGGAAGAUGUUUUAUUAAUAGAAAAACAUAUGAAAGAUAUGAUUUUGAUUUCUUUGAUCCCCAAAUAUGGAGAUACUUAGGAUUAUCACCUUUAGUCAGCCAAAAGAGGUUAGACUAUAUUGAGAAAGAGAAAAAGAAACAAGAACGAGAACUCAUCCACCAUCACCAUAUAAAGAAUACUUCUAGAACAACGUCAAUGAGUUCACUCUUUUCACUUGAUCCUCCAAGUCCUCUCGAGGUUAUAGAAUCUGUUAAUUCGAAAGUGAAGGAUGUUGUAAGUAAAGUUCCUUUAUUAAGAAAGGAGAUCAAGAAUGACCUUACUGAAACUAUGGAAGAAGUAAUCAUCGACUAUAAUUUUAAAACGUCUUACGAGGAUUCCUAUAGUUACCUGGAACGUACUCUGACAAAUGCAAGGACUUUUUUAAGCAGUUUGGAUUACGACGAUUCAAAGGAUUAUCCCCCUCUGGUUACCGUCUAUGGUAACAGGGUUCCUACUGUUCGUGGUUGUAAAGUAGAUGGUAUUGCUGGAAUUAUCGACGGUGAUUAUGAUGAUUUCUAUUAUGGGGCAGGUGACGGGGUUGUGCACCACUCUUGGCUUUUGCCUGGAGUUAGAGGGUUCCCUGUUGUUGCCAAGAUUGUUAGUGAAACAGGUCAUGUUAGUUUAAUGACUGACCUUUCAAGUAUGGCAAAGGCCUUGAUUUCCUUACAUGAUGCAGAUAAAGAGAGGAACAAAGAGAGGAAACAAUGA